UUGUGGGAUGAUUUAAUUCUUGAUAUUCUACAUGAAUUACAUUCUUAUUUUAACUAAAUUAUUUAAUUAUUUAAUUAUUUGCAGACAAGAUGUCAGAAGCAGGACUAGAGUUUGAUAAUGGGAACCAAGGAGAGAAUAGGAACAACUGGGUUGGUUUCUCCAAAAUAUCAACUGAAGUCUGCAACAACAACAACAACAACAACAACAACACCAAGCAAUACAGCACUAAAGCGGAAAAUGAUUUCAGCAAUGGGAACAAUGUUUAUGAUAAGACCAAAGGAUCCCAUGUACAAGAUAACAACAGUACAUACGACUAUAGUACACCUGUACAUGAAGACAACGGUAGAUAUGUACAAGAUUGUACACCUAGACACAAGGACCUGUCCUAUCCAUCUCAUCCGAAUAAAAGAGCUGGGUUUCUUAUUCCUGGAGUUUGUUCCUACCUGGAGACUCAAGGAACGGAUAAAGUACAGAGGAAGACGACCUCUCUAAUCUUGAAUCUUCAAUCCAAUAAUAACAUACUGAUUGCGGGAUGUCGAGGUUUGAAUAGGAUUAGUGAGGAUCAGGGAUCGAGCAGGAAUAGAGAGGAUCCAGGAUUGGAUUUAACCUGGAUUCCUCCUCCACUGACCCCAGAUCAGGAGAUGCGUGAGAAAUUAUUUCCAGAUACUCAAAGCCAGGAAUUUCAUUCAUUCUUAAAUCAACUAUUUUUAACUUUAAUAAUUUAUUUUGAAUAAGGGGUGUGGGCACA